CUCACUAUAUCGACAACCACUACAAGAGAUCUCUUUUUAUUCUGGUAUUCUUCGUGCGAUUCUCAGGAGAACGAUGUCAUAAACGCAUCAAAUGCUCAAACGUUUCAAAUAGCACCCGGGACAACAAUUCACGACAACUCGAGGGCCGACUUCUGUAAACUUCGUUUCAAUGAUACACUUUUCACACAAUUGCGAGCUUUGAGUCCGAAGAAUAUGUCGAUUAUAUAUGACUCUAGAGAUCACAAAAAUCUAAAUAAAAUUAAUUAUACGGCAAUUGGAUACAAAUGGAUUGAACAAAAUAUGGCGCCAAACAAUAUCUAUGACACUAAACCUCAAGAGCCGGACACUGAACAACAAUUCGCAUAUCAGCCCUUAUAUCAAGAGUACCAAUACAAACGCCAACCCUAUUCUGACAACUCUUAUGAUCAAAAUUAUGACUCACGACCCGUCAGUUAUGACAGAAUUUUCAAAUCGCGCCGAAGGUAUAGAAGACACGUUGGAAUACAUGACGGCGGAGGCAUUCAACGUGUCAUUUCCACUGGUACUUUAGCGCCUCCUCUAAGCGGAGAUAAGGGGACAAUUGACUUGAUAUACGGCACGUUUUGGUUCCCGGCGUCAAAGAAUGUAAAAUUGCUGACACAAGAGAUGUCUGACUGUAUCUCUCGAUUCAUGGAUCCGAGAGAAGAGAGCCGACAGAGGCUGGAGAGCGACGAC